CUCUCCUCCUCACCUCCUCCCUCUCUCCUACAGGCCAGAGAGCCGCCUCAUCUCAUGCCCCUAUUCCCGUCGAAUUAAGAUGCUGUGUUACAGUUUCUCGCCUCAUUUCAGCCUGUGUUAAGGUGCUGUGUUCCACCGCAGGUCUGCUCCACCUCCUGGUGAGGAGCGAGGAAGCAGCGGAGCCCAUGCACUACGUCAGGGACUUCUUCCUGUGGACGAGGAGGAAGAGCAUGACCCCCGAGGAAAUCAAGGUGGGCUCCGUCUCCUCGCUGGCGGCCUCGAGCUUCUACCCGACCAAGACUUACGUCAUCGUCCACGGGUUCCUGGGCAGCGGGACAGACGACUGGAUCACUGACAUGAAGAACGCUCUCCUGAAGCACGAGGACUGCAACGUCAUCUCCGCCAACUGGGACUCAGGCACCACCACCCUCGGCUACUACGUGGUUCAGGCGCGUGUCCCCCAAGUCGGCGAGGACCUAGGGCGCCUCAUCAGCUUCCUCCUGCACGCCACGGCCCUCACCAAGCCGCAGAUCCACCUUAUUGGCCACUCGCUAGGAGCCCACGCCGUCGGGUUCGCGGGGAAGGCUCUGAACGGGACGCUCCCUCGGAUUACAGGCCUGGAUCCCGCGGGCCUGAUGUACCACACCACCGACCGGACGCGACGACUGGACCGGAGUGACGCCGAUUUCGUAGACGUCAUUCAUACUCACGGUUGCACGACCAUCCUGAACCAGUGGUCGGACUGCUACGGCAUCGACGAGAACAUCGGAGACGCGGAUUUCUGGCCCAACGGCGGGGAGCGGCAGCCCAUGUGCAAGGAGGGGGGCGACGGACACCAGAUGGUCAGGGAGGGCAGCAGCUGCGACCAUGGCAUAGCGUAUGUCCUGUACACUGAGUCUAUUCAGUAUCCUACCUCCACUACCCGGUUCCUCGCCCGCCCAUGCCACUCCUGGAAAUACUACAACAACGGGUCGUGUCCAUGUGGUUCUACAGCUCAGUACAUGGGUUUCAAUGUUAAUCCAAGUUUGGGAGGACUGUUUUUCCUCAACACAAGCAACACAUCACCUUACGCUCUGCUGGACUUUGAUUGCUCACCGGCUCACUUCUCAUUAUUGCAGAUCAUCGCACUGGUUCUGCUCUCAAUCAUAACAGUACUGAUGACCUUCGUGGUCGUCACGACGGUGUUGCAGCAGUAUUUCCGCAUACCGGUGCUCUCUGUCCGCAUCAGAGAAGCCUUCAGAAUAGACACCACGAUUAUCCAGGGUGUGUCGCAGUCCUCGUCCACGCAGUUCUUGACCGAGAGCACGAAGGACCAGGUUAUCACGUGAACCUCCAAGGCGCUAUUGAGAAUAUCUCCAUCUUUUCUCCGGAUUUACGACAUCUUUGGUCCUCGGAGUUACCUCACCUGUUGCUGGGGAUAAAGAGGAUGCUAGCCCAGAUCUCACCCAAGAUCGAGAACUUCACCUAUGGGUCUACGUAUCCUGCCCUGCCGCUUGCUAGUCAGUGCGCUUCGUACGUCUUCGCUGUCGCUUCGUUGUGUGUGAAGAAAACCUGGGUGUUGUACGCAUCGUCUCAAAUCACAUACGUACAUACCUUUUUCCUUGCUGAACUUGUGAUGAAAAAAUACUCUGUUUUUUUCUCUCACUUUCUGAAAUGUGAUAUUAAACCCAUGGUGAAGGCGCCAACAUUAUAAGAACUUGUCAGAGUAAAUGUAGCGAUAAAAUGUGAUCAUUACUAACAUAAGCUAUUUAAUGUGGAAAGAUCUGUUCCAGAAAAUAAACGGCGUCAAUAAACUUGAUAGUUAUGCGCCCAGAGCUUAUUUAUGACCCGUGAGUACUUUACAGAAAACUGUUAUGCAGUAUUAAAAAUGCCAGAAGUCUGAUGUACAGUAAAACUGUGAUGUAUGUAUUUUUCGGUUUGAAUUACUGGGAGUCCUGAUUUUGCUGCAUACACGAAAUAGUAGAGAAGUUUACCGUUAGAUUUUAGAAACGCUGCAUAUAAUGCGCUCAGUUACAGUUAUAUAACUGUCUGUUGACUUUGUAUUAUAUUAUAAUAUAUUUAGAGUUAAUCAUCGGGCUAAUAGAAUGCUUAAUGUUUAUUUAAAACACUUUAUGCAUAUUUAAGUAUAACCCAUGACAGAAACUAUCACACCCAGCUACGUUUGACACCAAUGCACAAUUCCGUUGUAAAGCCUCGGUGAAGUUAGUAGUAAAACGUUUCCUUCAAGCAGUGUCAUUCUGAUUCAGGUAUUAUUACUGUAUUGCGGCCUGUCCACACGAGCGGGUAUGAUCAGCGGGUACCUGUAAAAGGCGACGUCCUUUACUCGUACGUGCAAAUGUGCUGCAGUUCGGCGGGCAUUGUCCCAGCACAAGGCGAAGAAGUAUGCGUAAAAGGUGGAUUGUAUUGGCGACUUGGUGUCAGGGCCAUUCCAAGCCGAUUUUCUCUAAAUUUGUUUACUGAUAGGCUAUUUAAUUGAAUUAUUGGAGAUAUUUGCUACUCGAUGGUUAAAUGCCGUAGGGAGUUACAGUAAAUUAUAAAAUCAGAACGAUAACAACGAAAACUUUUAAUACAGUACAUGUUGGAUGGGUAGUGUAUGGUAAUUUCGAAGAGCAACCAACACGGGCACCUUGCUGGUUUUUCCGCGCGCCAACGAGGCAACUCCAACAGACAAAUCUACUCGGUCGUAUGGACAGGCCCUUACUCAGUGUAGAUCUUGCUAGUAAUUACUAUUAUAGCAACUUAUAUUUGAGCUGAAUAGUUUUGGUAGCUUGAUUUCUUGCGUUAUUUUAAGCUUUUCGUGUGAAGAAACUUUUGAAUCAUCACUGCAUGCAAAAGGAACGUAAUGCUCUUGUUAUGCAUUGUUGAUAUAUAUUUUGUGAUCGUAAGGUAGUUAAAGAAUCAUUUUUAUAUCCUUUUGGCUAAGCCUUUAGGUUCGCACAAGUUAAACAAUAUAAAGUAGUUCUGGCAAUACAGCAUACUUGUUUGGGCUACCGUAGAAAACAUACACAAAGGAAUAUAAUGGAUGUGAGGAAUACAGUGUUUAUGUUUAAUCCGAAUGCCACGUUGUUAACGAGAAAAACCUGUCCUACGAGGUUUUAUCCGGAAGAAAUACACUGGGAAUAUACUGGAUGUGUGAAAUAGCAUCUGAAAACUGUAAGCAAGCGUUAUUCGUGUUGAGACGGAUUACUGUAAACUAAACAAUAUUUUUUUUCCUUAUGCUUUAUCAGAACCAAUUUCCAUUUCUUAUAUAAUACCUCACAUGUCUGAAAUAAUUGUGUACUUUAUAUUUUGUUCAAGCUGUGGAAAUGCACAUAAAUAAAUAUGAUUAUAACCAA